AUGUCAGACUGCUUCGACGUUCUCAUCAUUGGAGGUGGCCUCGCUGGGCUGAGCACUGCGUUGAGUCUGGUGCGCUCGCUUCACACAGCCGUUGUGUUUGACUCUCGGGCCUACCGCAACCGUAAAGCAAACUGGCUGCACACUCUUCCCGGCUGGGAUGGUCGUGAUCCUGAGGAGUACCGUGCCGCUGCCCGACAAAACAUUCUUUCCAAAUACAACACGGUCCAAUUCGCGACUGGAGUCGUGAUUGAAAAUGUUAUUCGCGAUGCCGAUGCCGAGUUUCCCUUUACAGCUACCGACUCGAAGGGGCGUAUUUGGCGAGGUCGCAAGCUCGUGCUAGCCAUGGGCAUUCAGGACGUGCCAGUCGACGAACUGGCGGCGGAAUGCCGAGAAGCUUUGGGUCCCCUUGGGUUCCGUGUAGAUGCUCGGAGAAUUGUGCGCUUUAUCAAGGAGCCCACUCAGGCCCAGGUUACCGCCGUUUUCGAAGACGACGAGAAGAUGACUGAAGGGUUCAUCAUUCACAGACCGUUACCUCUGAACAACGGCGCUUUUGCGAAACAACUGGGCGUUGAGACAAACGAUUUUGGCUUCUAUAAGACCAACCCGCCUUUCUUCGAGACGUCGGUGCCCGGCAUAUUUGCGGCGGGAGAUUGUGGCGAUCCAUUCAAAAUUGGCACGUUCGCUGUUUCAAUGGGCGCUUUUGUUGCAGGCGGCCUGCAAAUGCAGCUUGAUGCUGGAAGUGGGGGUGCACUAGGCCCGGCCUAUCAAAUUGUCAAGCAGAACUAG